AUGACAGCUGAGAGAGGGAUGCGAGCUUGUGUGUGUGUGAGGGCGAGAGAAAGAGAGAGAGCGGAAAGAGAGCUGAGGAGAAGAGAGUGCUGAGAUCCUCUGUGUGUCAGUGGAAGCUGUUUCUGUCUCUCUGGAUUUUAGCAGAGGCUGCCUCUGCCUCUGGUAGGGAGGAGAGAGAAGUAGAAAGAGAGAACAAGGAAGAAACAGAGAGCGCGAAGGAGGGAGAGCGAGAUAGAGAGAGAGCGAGAGCGUGAUCUUUCUCUCGAUCUCUGCUGGAGCACAAGGAUCUAUGCUGAAUACUUCGUCACUCUUUCUCCUCCUCUUCCUCUCGUUCACCGAACUCCUCUUUAGAACAGAGGGAAACCUCAGACUUGGCGCUCAUCCGUUGCCGUGGCAAUGGGCUGUCGGCUCUCAGGGCCGUGGUUCGGCGAUGGAUUGGGGGUCAGUGGGCGGGAUCUGAGUCAACUGACCAAACGGGAUCUUUCCCACCUGAGCAAACGCGAUGCUCUUAGAAUCCUGGCUGCCUAUGAGCAGCCAAUCACAUUGCAGAUCAAGAGCCAGCGUGGGAGGGGUUAUGGACUACAGGACUGCAGCACGCAGACUGAGAGACACUGGGAGCCUCUCACCCUGCCCCCCCACCUGGCCUUGCGCAGUCUGGGUGUCACAACAGCCGGAACCAUGCCCAGGGUCAACCCUGCCUACCAGGACAGACACUACUGCAGCCACAUGAGUCUGCCUCGUGAUCACCGUGACAACGGGAGAUAUGAGUAUCUACCUACCGCUCCACAAGACAUAGAGGAGUUGGAUCCACUUGGUUACCAGGACCUGGAGCUGGCCAGUCAUGUUCCGAGGGAUCAGAGCUGUCUGAUUGGCUGCUGCAACAACCUAGAAGAGCCCAACAGUUACCACAGCCAGACUGAGGAUGAGGACUAUAUGUUGGAGAAACCUCUGGGCUACCUGCCACUCCACCAUGAGCUGGACAGUGGCCUGGGCUGGACCGACGGUAGCCUGCACCAGGGAGACCUUUCUGGCCUGGAGACAGAGGAGGGGGGUCUGGAGGAAUGUCACCCCAGGGGAGGGGGCCUGGCGGUCAGUGGAGGAGGGGGUGGAGGUGGGGGGUCUCCAUCCUCUGAGUCCUUCAUCUCGUCUGAGCUGAGUGACUCGGGGUUCUACAGCGUGAGCACGGGAGAGUUCCGCCGCUUCCAGAGGCUGUUAGAGAAGCGCAUGUGCCUGUACAAAGCUCGUCUCCACCACCAGAGGGAGGUGUGUGAGCGGGAGCGCCGCGACAGCUGCCAGAAGAACCACAGAGAGCUGCUUGAAGCCAUCCCUGAGGCACUGACCAUGCAGCCCCAGCCCUCCUGCUCCAUGCCUGGCCUGGCCGCUCCAUCCAUGGGCCCCCCACCCCACGGACUCUUCAGGGUGUCGUCCGUCCAGUUCCGGAAGGCGGAUCGUCCCUGUCUGAGCAGACACAGCUCAAGCAGCGGUUCCCUAUUCAACCCUCACCACGCCCCUGCGCCCCUCUCUGCCCAUGCGCCUGUCCUCUCCACCUGCAGUACCCCAUCCGGCCACCGCAGGCCGCCACCUCCACUGCAGCAUCAGGGCUCCAGCUCAAUGGGGCAACUGCGGAGAAGCAGAACCCUGCACCACCGUGGCCCACCCCAGGAACGUGUCAGACGGGCCAGUCACCCGUCAUCCCCCUCCUAUGCCACCCUGGAGCAUUGUGGGGUAGCGCCACCUAGAGGCCUGGAGCUGGGCCUGCCUGAAGAGGGAGAAUCAGAACUGUUCCUCACACACCCAGCAGGAUUGGCCCUCUCACCCCAGCAACAUGCAACCUCUCUGGGGGAACACAGAGGAUCUGUACCCUUACCAAGGGGACAUUACUGCGACAAUAGUGGAGGUCGUGAUCAGCUGGUUAACGACAGGAGGCAGCAGGAGAGGAGCUUUAUGUCAGAGAUACCAGUGCGGGAGAGGGAGCAAGAGAGAGAAAGAGAAAGAGAAAGGGAGCGUGAGAGGGAGCGUGAAAGAGAGCGAGAAAGAGAAAGAGAGCGAGAAAGAGAGCGAGAAAGAGAACGAGAGAAAGAAAGAGAGCGGGAAAGACAAAGAGAAAGAGGAAGAGAGGUGCGCCGCUUCAGCACCCUCAGCCACCCUCCCCAGACAUCCAUGGACAUCCAUGAGACAUGGCCUAAACCGGCCAAUCGGCUGUCCCACCAGGGGUCAGGGGGUGGUGGGGGCCUCUACAGCACCCUGGAGGGCCACACUGGGGUCGGGGCUGGGGUCGGUGGAGGGUCCAGGAAGUGCCCCAAUCCUAACCCCAACCCGACCCCCAACACUAACUCCAACCAUCCUAACCCGAGAGCUGUGAGGAACCAGAUUCUUCGAGACCGGGCGUCGCAGCUAGCGGACGAGCGCAGCGGGAUGAGUACGGAUGAGGAGAGUCAGGAGGUGAUGAGGGGGAGGUACUGGAGCCGCACAGAGAGACGGGAGCACCUCCUACUGGCCCGCGAGCAGAAACAGCAACAACAGCAGGCUCGAGGGCAACAGGCUUACACAAGGCCAGGAGCCAAUGGAGGAUCAGGUUCUCUGAGAGAGGCAGGCGUCAACACUAGAGGAGGAGCUAUGGGAGGAGGAGGGAGAGGAGUUAUUCAAGAGGAAGAGGCUAUGUCUGGAGGGGGAGGGUCUUUGGGAGAUGGCCGGUGCAACACGGUGCUGGAGCUCAGCCAAAGGAAGUUGAGUCGUCUGCAGAACAGGAAGCUGUUAGAUGAUUGGACGACGGUGGAGGAGCUGCUGACUCAUGGGACGAGGCUGGGUACCCGAGACGAGAUGUCCCUCUGUCCCAGCUCACUACUGACUGUCACUACUGUAUAGGGUGUGUGUGUGUGUGUGUGUGUGUGUGUGUGUGUGUGUGUGUGUGUGUGUGUGUGUGUGUGUGUGUGUGUGUGUGUGUGUGUGUGUGUGUGUGUGUGUGUGUGUGUGUGUACAUGCGUGUUUUCCACUAUAAAGCACCACGGACAAUAGCUUUGUGUGUGUGUGUGUGUGUCAGUGCAUGACCUUCUUACUAACUGAAUACUGUAACACACUGCAAGUGUGUGUCUGUUACAAUCUGUGAGUCUGUGUGAGAGAGGAGCGGGAUGUGUGUGUGUGUGUGUGUGUGUGUGUGUGUGUGUGUGUGUGUGUGUGUGUGUGUGUGUCUGCACCAUGUCUGGCUGCCUCAUGCUCAUGGGGUUUGAAAAACAGUUUUCUAAAACACAAUAGAGAGAAAUAGUAAUGGCGUCUUUUUGUAGGCACUAACUCCGCCAUGGUUCGUUGAACAAAGCCGAUGAGGAAAAUGAAUGGCGUUUUUGUAGGGGUUUUGGAUAAAUCCCGAAAAUAAGGUCUGUGUGGAAACGCUGGCUUAGGAGAUCUUAUACAUUUUGUUCUGUGAGAAUCUUCAUCAGCUAAUGCAACUUUUUGUGAAUUUUGUUGUUAUAAAAAAACAUAAAUCACAUAAUUCAUAAAGGUCACGUUAACUGACUGCUAUUAUCUCAUUGGGUAUUUGUUCCGAAACUCUUUCCCCAUUCACUUUUCCCAUCGGGAUGGAUGAAAGAACCAGAGGUAACUUAUUUCCGGGUUUUAAGACUACAAGCUGGCGAGCUCUAUACAGUAUCAUGUCAUGUUGUUGCUCUUAUCUUUGGGUCAUUUUUUUAUGUAAAAAAAAAACGGGACUGGUGACAUUGAUGAAACAUUGACUUUUACGCCACAACUAAAAACGUGACUGAGAUUUCUAAAAAGCAAUACGGCACCGUAAGAGAAUCCGCCAGAACAACGCUCGCUGGACGUGAGAUAAGAUGUCAUCUGACACCGAUGCCACAGCACAGCAAGCGUAGCACUGUGUGUUCAUUGAUAACCACCCCGCUCAAUCGACGUGCGCUCAAUCGACGUGUUUUUGACACCGAUAUCCAGUUUACAGUCUUAUAGGGGUAGGGUGUUGCAGUGGAAGAUGUUUGUACCAGUACCUGAUGUGAUUGUGCUCAACCCGCCUGGUACCCUUGAUUCCGCAACAACCAACCCAACCCUCUCCACCCUAUCGUUGGCUUGACGUUUACGUGACCUGUUUCCGGGGAUAGAUACUGUAGAGUAGAUAGAUGGAGUAGAGUAAGCUGACGCUGAGGCUGGCCAGAGGUUAAUGGUAAAUAGUUGUGGUACUUGGAGGCUUCUGCAGGUUAGGAGUCAAUUAGGCCCAGGAAAGAGGCUGGUGUUUUUACAGUUAACCCACAGAACAUUGACUGUACAGGGAAGGGACACUGUCCAGUGGAAUGACUGUAGAAUGAUCUAUUGCUGUUGUUAUUUAGAUCACAAAGCAUUCAUGGAAGAUUACGAAUGAAAUUGUUUGUCGUAGUGGUGUAGAGCCUUUCCAGAUAUAACACUCACAAUCCAUGGAAACAACAAACUUUUUUUUUUAAUCGUUUGAAAAGAGUCUGGCUUUAUUAAUGGUUUGAAAGGAGCGGACCAGGAUUCUGUAUAUUGGUCUUAGCUGGCUAUGUAUAGCCUUGUUCCUUCUGUGUUAUUUUCUUCUGUACAUAUUCAUUAUGGAACGUACCGUACAAGGCUAGGGUACAGUGUCGACAAUGGGGUGUUAGGCUCUAGUUGCCAAGGGCCACAAUGUCUGUAAAAUUGUAUUUCUCCCUUGAUUGAUAAGACAGAUGGGGGUCAGAUGUAUAAUAAAAAAAUGAAAUUUUAAAAAGG